UGCUCAUCGAGAUCCUCGUGGCCGCCGUGCGACAGGCUGCAGAGGGUCACCCACCUGCUGGGCGCGAGCUGAGCAAGAAAGCCGCCAGGGAGGUGGACAGGACCCGCCGCGGGCGCGAGCAUGGCAACAUGAGCCGACACUUUGUCAAGGUGCUGCCCCAGCUGCUGUCCAAGUUUGCAGCGGACAAGGAGAAGGUGACCCCCCUCCUGCAGAUACCCCAGUACUGCAACCUGGAGGUGUACGACAGGGACGGCCUGGGCUCGUACCUGGACUCAGCCCUCCUGGAGCUGGACUGCCUGGUGCAGCGGCACUCGGACGUGGCGGUGCUGGAGGCCUGCGCCCGUGCCUAUGGCGCCUACUGCCACGAGGGGGGCUUCGCCCAGUGCCACGCCGGCCCCGCCUGCAGCCGCCUGGUGGACAUGCUGGUGGACGCACUGACCCCGCUGCUGGACGUGUUCAUCCAACACGAGAAACAAGGCCAGUUCCUGGGGCACCGUGAGAUGGGCCGCAUCUGCUCCACGCUGCGGAGACUCGUGGCCUUCUACAGCACGCACGACCUGAGCAGCUGGAACCUCUACGAGAAGAUGGACAGUCUGCUGACCUUCCGCAGGCACCAGGGCGGCCUGCCCACCGAGGUCGUCCACUGUGCGCUGCAGUGCACCUACUAUGCGCUUCUGUGGCAGAUCGUCGCAGCCACGGACCGGCUGCCGCCUCAGGCCUUCAUCCUGCUGUGUGACCUGCUUCUCAUCCUGAGCCACCAGGGCCCCGAGGACGACACGGGCCUGGGGCUGCUGUUCUUCGUGCCCGACCAGGUCCUGCAGGCCAGGCUGCUCGCCUUCCUGCGGGAGCACGUGUUCCUGGAGGAGCCAGGAUCCGAAGGGUCGGCGGAGCGUGGAGCCGGCGGCCCGGAGCAGGAGACGCAGGGACUCUCCGGUGCUGGUUCUGAACCCCAGCCGCCCCAGGACGAUGCCUGGACCCCCGAACACCCUGCAUCAGAGUCCCCGCCGUGCCCUGGGGUACCGUGCCACACGGCUGUCCCAGGAGCCAGGGGGCCGGGAAGACGUGGCGGGCGGCGGGCUGUGUCCCCGGGUCCCAGCAGGAUUUACACGGAGGAGGACGCGGAUGAGCUGCACCAGCUGUUCCACAGGAGAAACAUGCUGGCCGUGUUCUGUAAGCUGGUCGUCUACAACGUGCUGGACAUCAGCGCGGCCGCCGAGAUCUACCAGUUCUACCUGCAGCAUUACCAUCACUUUGGUGACAUCCUCAAGGAGACCAUGACCAGGACGAGGCAGAACGACCGGCUUCGCAACGCGCUGUCCCUGCUCCUGUGUCUGCAGCAGCUGUUCCAGAAGCACAUGGACAAGUACGGUCUGAGCUAUGACCCCAUCGAGUUCAUCUGCGGCCCCUUCUACUCCAUCCGGCUGCUCGCCCGCCGCUUUGCGCUCACGCUCGGCUUCGACCGCGCCCGGGAAGCCGCCCACCUGAUCCACAGGCGCGGGCUGGCCUACGCCUUCUCCGAGGUCCCGGUGGCGGAAGAUGAGGGCGGCCGCCAGCGCUUCCCCAACCUCAGCUUCCUGCUCCUGCUGGCGGAGUUUUCCUGCAAGAUCCCGCCGGCCGAGCGCGGGGCCGCGCUCGCUCACUUCCAGGAUUCCAUACCCGAGGGCGUGCCCAGCUUCGGGGAGAAGGACAUGAACCCCUUGCUCGUGUACCGCAAGUCCUUGACGAAGACCGACGAGGCGGCCCAGGGCGACGACGACGAGGAGGAGGAGCCCGCCGCCAACCCCUUCGACGCCAUCUGCAAGGAGAGCAAGCGGCCGCAAGAGCUGCCGGCGGCGACCUGCUCCAGCUGGACUGCGGACGCCGCCGCCGCGGGGGCCCCGGAGCCGAGAAACCCGUCCAGGAGCCCCGACUCCGCGAGGGACGUCUUUGACGUGGACUUCCUGUCGGAGGACUCGGACAAUUCGUCCGCCGAGGACGUGGACGUGGAGGGCAUCUCCGUGCAGGGAGGAUCGGACUGAAGAGGAAGUCCCCCCUCAUCAGGAGCACCCCCCAUCAGGAGCUCCCCUUCCAUUGCUGUGCUCUGUCCCCAUGGCCACCUGUUCCCGGGGUCGGGGAGCCAGGCCCUGCGGUUCUCCAGGCGGUAACAGUGACCCCACCAUCUGCACCAGUGGAUCCGAACCCCCAGACGUGGGAAAGGGCCAUGUGACCGCUGACUGGGACCUUGGGGCGCUCACCCACCCAGGUGCCUACCGGCUUGCAGCUUUCUCUCCGGGCAACUGCUGUGCUUGGCUGGAAGAUUCCACAAGCAGCUCUGUUCUCCACGGUGGAGCAUGGUGCUGGCUCCCUGGUCCCCGCGGUCCAACGAGCUGUGGCCCUGCGUGGCCGCCAGCUGCUCCUGGCACACCCGGGCCCCGAGUCUGCUCAGCACGUGGACGGAGUGGGCUGCAUCUGACUCGGGGCGCGGGCCCGGGCCUCCCUCCUCGGACACGCAGGGUGGGCGCUCUGCCCUUCAAAUCUCGUGUUGGUGCCAAACCAGACUCUUCGCGGCCACUGUGUGGAGGGGGGCGGCUCCGUGCUCAUCCCGCACGGGGGAGAGCCAGCCCCCUGCGCACGUGGGGCAGGCACUGGCCUGGGGGGGACGUCUUGUCCCCUCACCCCGCCCCCC